CGUCACCAGUGCCACGUCAGACACAGUGCCAUGUAAGCAGUGCCACGUCAGCAGUGCCACGUCAGUCACAGUGCCACGUCAGCAACAUGACGGGCCUGCCAGGCCAACUGGCCAAUGAGCCCAUUGCCGACUACAAAAAGCGCUUCCAGGCUCAGCUCGCUGCAAUCGAGGCUGAGGAACAACGCCAGCCGGCAGUCAAGGCUGCCCAGCUACAAGCUGAAGAAGCGGCAACAGCAAAGAAGCUGCGGCUACAGGCCGAAGCAGACGCAGAUGCCCAGGCUCGCCGCAAGGAAGCCCAGGAUCUACUGCUGCGGCAUGAAACCAACCGCAUCGAGAGACUCAAGUACUGGCACUUUGAACCGAACGGCGACGAGGCAACACCGGAAGAGCAGCAGAAGGAGUUCAUGGCCAACCUCGUGACCAGGCUGGUUUACACUUGUAACCACCUACAGUCCGAGCUGGCGAACCUCCAGCGGGCCGUGCGGAAUCAUAAGACUCGGCACGAGAAUGCCACACGGGCACUGGACGUCCGUGUACAGGACUUGGAACAACUUCCACCAAGACCAGAUGCACCCUCUAGCCGCCAACUGGAGGAACGCGUUGACCACGAAGUGGCAAUGCUCAACGACAUCAGCACUUUCGCUGCGCCGACCACCAUCAGCAGUCACCUGCAUACCUUGAAGACCGAGUUCCAGCAGUUUCAGUCGACGAACGCGGAUGGCAAUCUGAAGUUGUACAAGAUGCCAACUUUCCAACUGGACAAGUUCGACGACUACACGCAGCAGGAUCCGGUCCUCUGGUGGGAAGCAUUCACGACGCAACUUCGGAUUCUGCCUGUCGCUAAGCAUGCGUACAUUGGCGCCCUGUUCAUGAACUCAAAGGGCGGAUGCCAGAUCUCGUUGACCCACCUGGCAACCUCUCACGGCGUUGGCGUACCAGACUUGAAGGACAAGAUCACAUGGGAGGAACUGACACGGCUGUGGAAGAAGCGGCUCAUCGUCGACGACGCACCGGCACUCGCCAUCAACCGUUUGUUCACCAUGUCACAGGGCAACACUGCAACACAGGAUUGGCUCACGGAGUGGCAGAAGAUUGCGGCAGUGCCCAAUCUGGACUUGCAUUUCACGCAUCUACGCCGUGGGUUCUACAAAAGUUCCUGUGUUGCAUUGAGCCAGGCUCUUGGUGAUCGCGAGCAGUACUCAACCUUCGCUGAGAUCAUUGACAAGGCGAGGGAGAUCAUCAAGACCAACAGGUCAGUUGCACACGAGAAGUCAACAUGGCAGCCGACCUAUGUGGAGAAGGUACGAACUGGUCCGCGACCGCAGCACUUCGCUGCAGUCCAGUCGGACAGUGGAGAUAACCCAGCAGCCACUCCAGCAUCAAGUGACGGAGAUCAGGUGGCUGCUGUCCAGCCGCGAACCAACAACAAGUCCCGCAACAAUGGGAAGGCGAAAUCCGCAACGCAGGCCGAAAAUGGACAGCCAGUACAACUGCUAUUGGUGCAACAGCACCAAGCACAAGACCUCCCUAUGCCAGGAUCAGGGCAAGGAGGAUGUGCGACCCCGCCUCAACUCGGGAAACUGAGUUCCGCGGAAGGUGAGGCGACUCCACCUUCUACUCUGCCAGAUUCUGCCGCCUUGCUAGCGGCCUCCCGCACAUCUGGGGAGGAUGCGAAUGUCGCAAGUCCUCAGUACACUUACGAGGAUUAUGCUAUCCACUUGGUUCCACCGCUGGACCAACCGCUCCACGUGCAACAAUCCAUCGCAUGCACAGUUUCAUCACCGUCGGCAACCGAUUCGGCAGCUUCGCUGCAGUCUAUCGUCGGGGAUUCGACGUCAUGGUCGAGACUUGAAGAGCUCGACCCGUUGACGUUCACGGACCUCCAGUGGAUGCCUGUUCCCUCGACCGGACGAUUGUCGAAACCGCAUUGCAACGUGCUCAUGGCACAAUUGCGGGAUUACUUGCACACUGCAGUACCAGCUUCGUUGAUGGACGUCGGAGUAGAGGUUGUCGACCUUCACGCUUACAUUGCGAAGAUCGACCGCGAGUUCAAGACGCAACGGUACGACGACAUCGACGCACCAUUGCUAUAUGUACGCAUUCAGAUCAGAGAGGUGACCUGCAACGCCUUGAUCGAUUGCGGAGCAUCUCGCAACUACAUCAGCCAGGACUUCAUGGUACGCGCCGGCCUUGGCCCACGUGUCCGGAGGAAGUCCCAACCUACGCAAGUCACUUUGGCAAACGGUCAUACGCACAAGUCCAUCGACCGGUGCAUUGAUGCCGUCCCCGUGUACUUUGCCCCUCACGCAACUGAGGCGGUGUCCUUUGAUAUUCUGGACACCAAAUUCGACAUGAUCUUGGGCAUGUCAUGGCUGCGAAGCAAGGAUCACCCGGUGAACUUCUUCAACCGCACCGUUCACGUUCGUGAUCGGAACAGAGUAUUAGUUCCAUGCACGGUGCCUCUUCCUCAUCCUUCGAUCAGCUGCCACGUGGUAUCCGCCGCAAGCAUGCGAGCUUCCAUCAUCAGAGACGACAUCGAGGAGAUGGGGGUGUGUUUUCUCCAUACCCUCCCACCCCGAGAUGCUUCAUCGAUGGACUCAUCUUCGGAUCCACGCAUCACCGAACUUCUCGACGCCUACAGCGACGUGUUCGAAGGCCCGCACGGAGUAGUACCGGAUCGGCCCAUCCGCCACGAGAUCAUCCUCGAGGACGGGGUCGUACCUCCGCGCGGUUGCAUCUACCGAAUGAGUGAGGAAGAGUUAAGUGUGCUUCGUGCACAACUCGACGACCUUCUAGAGAAAGGCUGGAUUCGGCCUAGCUCAUCGCCAUACGGUGCUCCUGUUCUCUUCGUCCGGAAGAAGAACAAGAACCUGCGGUUGUGCAUGGAUUAUAGCAAGCUCAACGCGCAGACGAUCAGGAACGCCGGCCCUCUCCCACGCAUCGACCUUCUCGAGCGACUGGGCGGCGCCAAGUUUUUCUCCAAGCUGGACCUCAAGUCAGGAUAUCACCAACUCGAGAUUCGCAAGGAGGACCGUUACAAGACCUCGUUUAAGACGCGAUAUGGGCGUUUCGAAUGGCUGGUUAUGCCAUUUGGCCUUACGAAUGCCCCGGCCACUUUCCAAGCGGCUAUGACAACGGAGUUCCGACACAUGCUAGAUCGUUCCGUACUUAUCUACCUCGACGACAUUCUCGUCUACAGUCGGAGUUUGGAGCAUGUGGAACACCUGCGCACCGUUUUGGAGCGGCUACGACAAGCCAAGUACAAAGCCAACCGCGACAAGUGCGAAUUCGCGCGGCAGGAGCUGGAGUACUUGGGCCAUUAUGUGACGCCGAAAGGCAUCCGUCCGCUCGCAGACAAGAUCGAGGCCCUACGAGUAUGGCCCGAGCCCACCAACACCACGGACGUUUGUUCAUUCAUGGGAUUGGCGGGCUACUAUCAGCGAUUCAUCACCGGAUACUCCAGGAUUGUUGCACCUAUGGCGAGGUUACAGUCGCCAAAGGUGCCAUUCGUAUUCGAUGACGACGCACGCCGGUCAUUCCAAGCACUUAAGACGGCUAUGCUCAUGGCACCCGUCCUUAGCAUCUAUGACCCCACCCUGCUGACGCGAGUGACUACGGACGCUUCCGGCUAUGGCAUUGGGGCAGUCUUGGAACAGCACGACGGCGACGACUGGCACCCUGUGGAGUAUUUCAGCCACAAAGUGCCUCCCAUCAACUCGCUUGAUGAUGCAAGGAAGAAGGAGCUACUCGCGUUCGUCAUGGCUCUCAAGCGAUGGCGGCACUUCUUCCUUGGGCGUCGUAAGUUCACAUGGGUUACGGACAACAAUCCAUUGACCUACUACAAGACGCAGGAUACGGUGAGCAGCACGAUCGGACGAUGGAUGUACUUCAUCGACCAAUUCGACUUCACACCGAAACAUCUUCCCGGCCUCUCCAAUCGCGCAGCAGAUGCACUCUCGCGAAGACCUGAUCUUUGCGCUACGACACAUCAUGCCUUCGCAUUCGACGAGGAGCUUCAGCGACACUUCAUCCGGGCAUACGAGUCCGAUCCGGACUUCGCCACGUUGUACGCACAACUAUCUUCGGAUCACCCGCCGGCCAGCCACUAUCGCAUUGCCGACGGGUACUUGCUCCUCCACUCGACACGCAAGGACGUACUAUGUGUCCCACGCGACCGUCGUCUUCGGACUCGCCUCCUCGGCGAGUAUCAUGAUUCGCGACUCGCCGGCCAUUUCGGAGUCAAACGCACUAUUGCACGGCUUCGACAGCGAUUCCGAUGGCCCGAUCUCAUUACCGAUGUCACUCGGUAUUGCGACUCUUGCGAAGUUUGCCGACGCAGCAAGCCCCGCAACCGCAAUCCCUACGGCGAGUUACACCCGAUGCCUAUUCCACGGGAACCCGGUCUCUCCAUUGCUAUGGACGUCACCGGUCCAUUUCCUCGCGACCGGCUCGGGCACGACGGCAUCCUCACGGUUGUGGACCGAUUGAGUAAGUACGCGCGUUUUCUCCCUUGCAACUACUACUCCACGGCUCCCGAACUGGCACGCCUCUUGCACACUGGUUGGAUUUGUGGCCACGAUGUACCAGAAGACAUUGUCAGCGACCGCGACACUCGUUUCAUGUCAGCAUUUUGGACUGCGCUCAUGCAGAAGUCCGGCACAACGAUGAAACCAAGUUCGGCUCGGCAUCCACAGACAGACGGGCAGACGGAGCGGGCACAUCAAACCGCUCAAAUGAUGCUUCGUACGCUCAUCCGUCUGGACCAGAAAGAUUGGGUUGACCGCCUCCCCGACAUCGAGUUCGCCUACAACAUUUCGGUACAUCCGGCGAUCGGCGUGACUCCAUUCGAGUUGCACCACGGUGGACGGAAAGGCCGAAUCUUCGCCGACCUUCUCCUCCCUCGACUAGCCGACAUUGACGCUGCCUGCUCUCCCGCUUCCGUCCGGAAGUACAGGGAAUUGCUGACUCAAGCCCGCGCAAACAUGCAAAAGGCUCAAGUCCGCAUGCAGCAGCAAGCCAACAGGCGUCGCGUACCAUGUCCCAUUCGCGCCGGUGAUCUGGUUUGGGUCUCCGCGGAAGAGUGUGCACUGGAACAGGAUGUUUCACGCAAACUGCUUCCCAAGUGGUUUGGACCUUGGUCUGUGACAGCAGCCGCGGGCGAUGAGCCCGAUGGCCCUUCAUUUGUGAUCAACAUUCCAGAGCAUCUGACGGUCUAUCCGGUCUUCCACGCCUCGAAGCUGGCAACAUACACGCCAACCAAGAGCGACGACUUUCCGGGCCGACGGUCGCAGGACCCUCCUUCUAUGGAUGGUCAUCAGGAAGUUGACCGCGUCAUCACCGAUCGCAAGUACGGCAGCAAGCCGCGACAGUACAAAGUCACAUUCAAAGCAUGCGAUCGCGACGACACUCGGUGGAUUUCAGGCGCAGAUUUGAAAGCAUCCGCACCGCUGAUCUACGCGCAUUAUGAAAAGCGGAGGUUAGCUCAGGAAGCUUCACGACCAGCCCCCCCCACCCGGACUGUGGUCCCUCCCUCAGACAGACAGCUUCGCCCUCGCAGAUUGUUCUUCCCGUUGGGAUUUGGGAGAACUUGUACCUCUAGGAUGAUGUUGAGGUCAGGGAACAUUAAGCCGGGCCCCACACCCGAAGAACAGAAAGAGAUUGAUCGCCGGCAGGCAGAGAAAAAGAAAGAAAGGGAAUAUAAGAAAAGAUUGAAAGAAGAAGAAGUGAAGAAAAAGUUGAAAGAAAAGAUGGAAAGAGAAUUAGAAGAAGAAAUGAAAAGUAUCCAAGACGAAGAAGAAGAAGAGAAGGCUGAAGGGGAGAGGUUGCAACGACGCCAACCCACUGAUAAGCCUGAGAGUAGUCGUGCAGCUGAGGCACGCCCGCUGUUGGUUCAGCCAUUGGACUGGGCCAACCAGCACGGCUACUCCAGCGACCAGCUUCAAGAAUCAGAAGAAGAAAGAGAUGUGUUCAUAGCUAAGCUGGCAACCAUCGCUGACAAAGCAGAAAGGGAUUUGCUGCUGGAAGAAAAGAGAAAUGAAUUGCAUGCCAAACUGUUAGCAACGAAGAGACAAGAAUUAGAGGAGAAAAAGAGGCUGCAGGCAGAGGGUGAAAAGUUACAAACCGCGUUAGAAGCGCAGAAAGGAAAGGAAACGGCGGCAGACGAACAACUCACCCUUCUCAGAGAGUCUCUCCUCCAGACAAGGAAGGAGAUGGCAGCAAUGAAUCAGACGCUACAGAAGGUAGAGACUCAUCAAACAGAGUUUGAAAGUGUCUGGAAUACAUUUCUGCACAAGUCAGCGCAAGAUGUGGAUAAGCAUAUCCAAUCCUAUAUUGUAAAGCUAGAUGAGCACAUUACUACUACCUUCACACCGGAAGUAAUUGAAAAGAUAGUGAAAGGAGCCGGAGGUGGAGGAGGGGGCGGCGGCGAUGAUGGAGACGAUGGGGAUAAGAAGAAGAAAGGGGUGCAGCGUGAAGAAAGUGAUGUAGGCAAGGUAAACAAGAUUAAGUUGAAAUUGCCAUGGACAUAUAACGGUAAAAAGGAAGAGAGCGUUUUGCACUGGAUUGCAGCAAUUGAGUCAUAUUGUUAUGGACAGCGAGUCCCAUACUGGGACAGAGUGCUUAUGGCCAGUUCCUGCAUGGCGGGAGACGCAAUGAGUUUUGCGAUCUCUUUGCAGAAGGAAGCGGGAUGUCAGACGUUAGUGGAAUAUUGUCAGAAAACUCGUCUGGAAGAUUUUCUCAAAGUCGUCAGAGAACGGUUCGAGGACAAGAACUUGGCCCGUCGAACCGAAAUGUUAGGAUUGAAUUUACCCGAAAGGAAGUGGAGAAGCACUUCAGCACUCAAGUCUACUAUGGAUGAACUGUUGCAGCAAAGCAUUGAACAUGGCUUGACCCCCGCACAAAUUUUGAAUAGCUUUGCCCGUGCACUCCCUGAACCCCUUCGCUCUCAACUGUAUCCCCGAACAAAGGAAGAAGGAAUGACUUACGAGAAGUUCAGCAAGAUCGCAUUGGAUCAUGCUGGCUUCUUAACUAAGGUUAACUACUGCCACUAUUGGAAAGAUCUGCAAGCGGGACGAAAGUGGCAAAAUCGUACUAUCUCAUGGUCAAUACCUGGGAAGGACAGCCUCCUCCUAACCUUUGAGGGAGGAGGCAUGGAAACCAUCCCUUGGGACCAAGUGGAUUACGGUCUUGAGGAAUUCAACGAACCGGUAGCUCAGGAGGGGAGCUACGCGGCCGUUGCAGCCCACGGGGGAGGGCGACAAGGUAGAGGGCGCGGCCGAGGAAGAGGAGGUCGUGGCCGUGGUGGAAGAGGCCCAGGCACCCAGAGGGGUGGUGGCGAAGGACCCGGAGACUCUGUGUCUAUAGACUUUAUGGACACUAAAGUGAGAAGCAGGAAUGGGAAAACGCAAGUGAUGGUAAUCGUUGAUAGAUUUACUAAGUAUGCUGUCUUUGUAGCUCUACCUUCGAAAGCAAAGACUGACUUGGUAAUUCGAGAGUUCUUUAACCACUGGGUGAAAGACUUUGGACAUCCCUUGACUAUUGUAAGUGACAGAGAUACAAGGUUCACGAGUGAACAGAGGCAGCAACUAAUGAAUGUCUAUGGCUCUAAGUUGACUAUGUCAUCAGGUAGGCAUCCUGAGACUAACGGCCAGACUGAGCAAAUGAACAAAAUCUUGCAACAGACAUUGCACAUGUAUAUUCGUCCCGACCAGAUCGACUGGGAUGAACAUUUGCCUAAGGUUGUUAGUGCCUAUAAUAACUCUGUAAGCCUGUCUACAUGUAAUGCUCCUAUGGAGUUACAUUUGGGAUGGCGACCACGUAGACCGAUUGAUCGUCUAAACCCAGAUCAAGUGCAUAAGCUUCCACCAGGGACAAGUGAGUUCGCAAUUCAAUAUCAGAAAGACAUUGAGAAGGUAAAAGAGAACAUAAUCAAAGCACAACAUCAAAUGAUUGAACAGGCAAAUAAGCACCGACGACCCUCUCAAUUUGCUGUAGGAGAUUUGGUUUGGGUGAAGUCUAAGGAAUUUGCUCCUGAGGAGAACAUUUCUCAAAAGCUUCUACCCGCCUACCGAGGACCUUGGCAGGUCUUAGAUGUGAUUGGAGAUGUGGAUGGUCCUUCGUAUGUUAUUGAGAUUCCUUUGCAUCUAUAUACUUAUCCAGUGUUCCACGCAUCAAAGCUCUUACCUUGUGUAACAAAUGAGCUAUUUCCAAGUCGCAGAUCCGCAAUACCUCCAAGUAUGGAUGGAAAGUAUGACAUGGAUAAGAUUGUUGCAGAAAAUACCUUUCACACUGGUCGUAGAGGCAGAUCACAACGUCAGUAUAAGGUCACAUUUGCAUACCAGGAUCCCAGUGAAGAUCGUUGGUUUACAAGAGAAGAGUUGUUGGAUUUUGCGCCUCAUAUUGUAACUGCGUAUGAAAGAGCAAAGAAAGGAAUCAGUAUUAUUGAUCGAUGAUUGAUUUCUCAGAGGACCUCGAAAUUAGGCCGUCGAGAGUAAAAGGGCCUUUACCCG